AAAGAAUAGUGAAGAAAAAGAUUGAAAACUUCCAGCCAAUGAAAUGGCUCCUCAAGCUGCAAUAUAGGACUGGAAUAACCAAUCGUCAUUCUUGAAAAAUCCUAUGUAUGAAUGUAUGUACAUAUGGCAAAUAAAAUAGCUCAGCUGAUAUAUACAUGGUAUACGUUAUGAUAGAAGUUUGGAAGUAUCUCUUCCACCAUGCGCAACCCACCAUAUAGCAACAAGUAGAAUGUAAACAAUGCACAUUGCAAUUUAACCAGAUUGAUUUUGUUAAGAAAGCGGAAAAAAAAAGAAAAAGCGCGAUAUCAAUUUGUUAUUGCAUAGUAAAAUGGAGCAAUUGCGUUCCUUGAACAGAACAGUCGAUAUAACCGAGCCGAUAUUGGCAGAGGAUAGUACGUUUUCUACAAUAGCGUUAUCGCUGAAGGCAGUAUUAGAACAAUUAGAUGAAAAUGCUAAACAUCAUGAUUAUCUUGUUGCCUUGCUGCUUGUUCUGUUGGCAGAGUCCGGAUUUGGCGUUUCAUCCGCUUCUGAUACUCCAAAAUGGGAGCAAAAUACAAGAUUAGUUUAUAUACCUAAAAAUUGGAAGUCUCAAGAAACAGGAGUAUAUGAAAUCUAUUUAACAUUGCGUAAUGUAGAUUACAUUAGAUCAAAAUUAAUUGUCAUAACUUGUGGUGAUAAAUUGGUACUUAAUAUAUUAUCGCAUAUACGAGAUAUGAAGAUUUAUAGCAUGGUUGUACAAACAUUAAAAUAUGUGAAUCCAUACACAAAUAAUUUGUGUCUUCGAUAUAUGAAUCUCAAAGAGAUAUCACAUAGGUUUAAAGACAAAUUAGUCAUACCUUUGCGUACUGACAUAUUAUUAGUAGUAAAUUUCAUGGGUCCUAGUUUGGAGAGUUUGCCAAUAGAAUUACGUACUAAAAUCGUAAAUAUGUUGGAUUAUGGAAUAAUUUGAACACUUGUCAAUAGGCUCUAAGAAAUUUUAUAAUUUCUUCCAAAAAUCAAA